UGGUCACGCUGAUUGACGACCAUUGCAUAAAGUUUACCGUCCUCAUCCCCCGAGCAAUUGCGAUUUAAAAACAACUCAAAGAAGCCGGUUUUUAUUUAGAACAUCGCAGACGAAACUGAGUAACAACAUGCUAACUAAGCCAGUGUUAAUUGCCGCCUUGGGAAAGCGUGCCUGCAAUAUGCUGACGCAACGUAGCGUUGGCAGCACGCAAGUAUUGAGCCAGGGCAUUAAAAAUCAUAUUCCCAAUGAUUUGGAGAAGCGCUUCUUGGUUUGGAGUGGCAAGUACAAGUCGGCUAGCGAGAUUCCUGCUUUGGUGAGUCAGGAGGAAAUGGAGCGUUGCCGCAACAAAAUUCGUAUCAAGAUGGCAAACAUCAUGAUUGGCUUAACUGUAGUCGGUUGCGCUCUUAUGGUUUAUAGUGGUAAACAGGCUGCAAAGCGAGGUGAAUCGGUGACAAAGCAAAAUCUGGAAUGGCAUAAUCAGUUUAAUCAGGCUGCUGCCAAUACGGACGCCGCAGCUGGAGGCAAAUAAAUACGCGACACGAAAACCCUAAAUGCAACAACUGUGAACCUUAUGGAAAUAUGUAUUAUGUAUAAUUUGAUGUUGGGUUCUUCGGUGCGUAUAAGUGAUAUUUGCAACUUUUCUUUGUUAGCAUCGAGUAGAAUCCAGAUGCAAUCUGUUAUUGUAGCACACACACAGCACUGAAAUAAAUAUUUAGAAAAUUUUA